AGAUCAGUCACUGCUUAUUCAAAACACAGUUACCAGACAGAAACCAGAACCUCGGAUUAAGUCAUCUUUGAAGAAUGAGAUGAAUGCCAUAGCAUCAUCAGGCCUCUUCUUCAAAGAUGGUAAAAAGCGCAUUGAUUACAUCUUGGUCUAUAAAAAGUCAAGUCUACAAAUAGAAAAAAGAAACACUUUUGAAAAGAACCUAAGGGCAGAGGGCUUAAUGUUAGAAAGAGAGCCAGCUAUUACGAGCAACGACAUAAUGUUUGUUAAAAUUCACUGUCCAUGGGAUACGUUAUGCAAAUAUGCAGAAAGAAUGAACAUCAGGAUGCCUUUCAGGAAAAAGUGUUAUUACACUGACUGGAGGAGCAAAACCAUGGGCAGUUUGCAGAGGAAUAUCAGAGAGCUGAAAAGUUGGUUGCCCAGAAAUCCAAUGAAACUUGACAAGGAGGCCCUCCCUGACCUGGAAGAGACAGAUUGUUACACAGCACCCUUUAGCCGAGCGCGGAUCCACCACUUUACAAUAAACAACAAAGACAGCUUCUUCAGCAACUCCACAAGAAGUAGAAUAGUGCACCACAUGCUACAGAGAACGAAGUAUGAAGAUGGCAAAUCAAAAAUGGGUAUUAAUAGAUUACUCAAUAAUGGAACAUAUGAAGCUGCAUUUCCACCACAUGAGGGAAGCCACAAGAGCAGACAUCCCAUCAAAACACAUGGAGCUCAAAAUCACAGACACCUAUUAUAUGAGCGCUGGGCACGGUGGGGGAUGUGGUACAAAUACCAGCCUCUGGAUUUAAUCAGGCGGUAUUUUGGUGAAAAAAUUGGCCUUUAUUUUGCUUGGUUGGGAUGGUACACUGGAAUGCUCAUUCCUGCUGCACUUGUCGGGCUGUUUGUUUUCCUUUAUGGAUUGUUUACCAUGGAUUCUAGCCAAGUAAGCAAAGAGAUCUGUGAGGCAAAUGAAACCAUCAUGUGCCCUAUGUGCGAACGCAAUUGCACGCUACAGAAACUCAACGAAAGCUGCAUAUAUGCAAAGGUUACACAUUUGUUUGAUAAUGGAGGCACUGUCUUCUUUGCUAUUUUUAUGGCAAUAUGGGCUACGGUGUUUCUAGAGUUUUGGAAAAGGCGGAGAGCUGUGCUCACCUAUGACUGGGAUCUCAUAGACUGGGAGGAUGAAGAGGAAGAGCUGCGCCCCCAGUUUGAAGCAAAAUACUCCCAAGUGGAACGAGUAAAUCCCAUCACAGGAAAACCUGAACCUUUUCAACCCUUCCCUGAUAAACUUAGUCGACUGAUGGUGUCUGUCUCAGGAAUAUUCUUCAUGAUUUCUUUGGUACUCACUGCAGUGUUUGCAGUUGUGGUCUAUCGCCUGGUAGCUAUGGAACAAUUUGCAUCCUUCCAGUGGUAUUUUAUCAAAAAGUACUGGCAGUUUGCCACAUCUGGCACUGGAGUCUGUAUCAAUUUCAUGAUCAUCAUGUCACUUAAUGUAGUAUAUGAAAAAGUUGCCUAUCUCCUAACAGAUUUAGAGCAUCCUAGAACAGAAUCUGAAUGGGAAAACAGUUUUGCCUUGAAAAUGUUCCUCUUCCAGUUUGUCAACUUAAACAGCUCAAUCUUUUAUAUUGCUUUUUUCCUUGGCAGAUUUGCAGGCCGUCCAGGAAAAUACAACAAACUUUUUAAUAGAUGGAGACUGGAAGAGUGUCAUCCUAGUGGCUGUUUGAUAGAUCUCUGCUUGCAAAUGGGAGUUAUCAUGGUUUUAAAACAAAUGUGGAACAACUUCAUGGAACUGGGUUAUCCGUUACUACAGAACUGGUGGUCACGACGCAAGAUCAGGAAAGGAGGGCAGUUAUUGGAGCAUAAAAUUUCACUACCUCAAUGGGAAAAAGAUUGGAAUCUGCAGCCAAUGAAUCUCCAUGGCUUAAUGGAUGAGUACUUAGAGAUGGUUUUACAGUUUGGCUUUACCACCAUCUUCGUUGCUGCCUUCCCACUGGCACCGCUCCUGGCAUUGCUUAACAAUAUUAUAGAAAUAAGACUAGAUGCUUACAAGUUUGUUACCCAGUGGAGGAGACCUAUGCCUGCAAGAGCAACAGAUAUAGGUAUCUGGUAUGGAAUCCUUGAAGGAAUUGGAGUCCUGGCUGUCAUCACUAAUGCAUUUGUUAUUGCAAUUACUUCUGACUAUAUCCCACGUUUUGUCUAUGCAUACAAAUAUGGCCCUUGUACAGAUGAAGGAUACAGACAGGAAAAAUGUUUAAAGGGAUAUGUCAACAGUAGUUUAUCAGUAUUUGAUCUGAAUGAGCUUGGUAUGGGAUACUCAGGAUACUGCAGAUAUCGAGACUACAGAGCGCCACCCUGGAGUUCAGCUCCUUACGAGUUCACCUUGCAGUUCUGGCAUGUCCUAGCUGCACGGCUGGCUUUCAUUAUAGUAUUUGAGCACCUUGUUUUUGGAAUAAAGUCUUUCAUUGCCUACCUGAUCCCAGACAUGCCCAAAGACUUGUGUGACAGAAUGAGAAGAGAGAAAUACUUGGUCCAGGAAAUGAUGUAUGAGGCUGAACUAGAGCAUUUGCAGAGAGAGCGGAAAAAGAAUGGGAAACAGUAUCACCACGAAUGGCCUUAG